AUGCAAGAUAAUCAAAAUGCAGAAAUAUGGUUUGAUGCUGUCGAGGAGAUGGUCUUCGAUGACGAAUCCCUCCAAGAAGAAUAUGCCGAUGCCCGUGUGAAUGAAGGUGCAAAUGGAAAGUCACAGAAGCUGGAGGCUCUACAGGCGGCGUAUCUGGUUUGCCUUUUCCAGAACUGGGAGGGAUCGGAGAUAACACAACGACGGAUUCGACGUCGACGAUAUAAUACGGUCGUGGCAGUUACAAGGGAUCUUAUUCUCAGAUCCACUAUCCACCAGGCCUUUUGGCUCGUGAAUGAUGCGUCAAAGUUUGACUGGCAAGCCUAUAUCCAGAAGGAGGAAACAAUUCGAACACUGAGUUUUGUCUUUUUACUUGACUCUGCCUUCGUAAUAUUCCAUAACUCACCGCCGCGGAUCUUCGGACAGGAAUUGGAGAUGCAUAUCAGUUGCCCCGAAGCAGCUUUUCAAGCUGGAUCGGCCGACGAGUGUUUUCAACAUCUGAAGAAAUGGGCAGACGAAGUGCUAGACCAUCCUUCCGUUUCCACUGCUAUCGAAACAAUCUGCCAGCCUGACACUGAGACUUGCCUCGUAGAGAAUUCUCUUGCAUCUCCAACAGCCUUUGUAAACAUCGAGCGCGGGAUGAAGAACUGGAAAAAUGCAUGGGACAAAAUGCAUGUCCUAUCUAACCUGGACGAUGACGAUGUCGACGACCCUCCGGAUGAAGCAUGGAGGCGUGAUGGAUUUAUGAAAUGUGCCUGGGAGUAUUGGCUGCUAUGCAAUGUGUUGUUAGAGAGCAUACGGUCGGAUUCCGGCGACAAUAGCGGUGUCGCGAAGCGCACGCUUGACAAAUAUGACCAAACGGAUAUGGAACAAGUGAGGCAACUGAUCACUCAGUUCAAUGCCAUGGAAAUGGGAUAA